ACUUUCUCAAAUGUCAGUUCUCCAUAAUAUCGGAUAUUCAAGAUUUACAGAUUUGCCUUUUCUUAUUAAAAACUUUCAAAACUGCAAAGUAUUCGAAAAUAUAAGCGAGGAUGUCAUUAUUGGAGAUAUGGAUGCACGAAUGGUGACCAAGGAUGCUCCUUGA